AAGCCUCUUGGUUUUAAAGCUCCAGUCAGACUUAAAGCUCACGCUAGUUCUUGCGACCCUGAUUGACAACCACAGGUUUCUCCGAACCCCCUCCGCUCCGUUCCCCGAGGUACAAACGUUCUGGACAUCUGAAGGUGCCAAGAAUUUUUUUUUUGGAAAAAGCGCAGCUCGCCUCGUCUUCCACCUCACCCGUUAAUUACAAGCGCGACAAGUUUUACAUUCGCCGGCAGCAAAUCAAAACAAAUCUCGCGCAAUGCAAAAAAGAAGGCUCCCUUAACUUUGAGAGAAGUUGUUUCUCUUUCUCUACGCCUGCGAAUUUCCGGUCGUUAAUUGCCAUGAUUUAUAGGGCCGAUUUUUUUUUUGGAGGUAGCUUCACAUGUGGUUGGGACCUUGCCUAAGAUCCAGCCCCCCUCUCACGUUACCAACUAUUUAUAUAUCUUCCACGAUUUCCCCCUUAAACCAGCUCCUGGGACAACGUGCGAUUGGCUUCACUUGUCAUCUGAGAUUCAGGGUUAGCUGGUGUGUGUGUGUGUGUGUGUGUGUUUACUCUGAGAGUCCCGGCUGUUAAGCAGCGAUUGAUCCAGAUCGCUUUUAAAGACCCUUGCAUUUUUGGAAACUGUUUACUUUGAAAUCGAAGGUGCUUUGGAUAUAAUUCCAGCCUUUUGGAACUUGAAACCCCGCUACCAUGGAUCAUACAAUAUUUAGCUGCCUGCGCAGCUCGCAUGCCCCAGCCCAGAGUCUGCACCACUUCUCUCAGUCUCCACUAGCUCUGAACGGAAGAUCAGACCAUGUGGCUUUUCCAGACCUGUCUUCUUCUUGUAUCAUAGCUGGAUUUCCUAAUGAAGAAAACAUGUUUACAGCUCAGCGUCAUCAUCAUCACCUACAUCAUCAUCACCGGGGUCACCAACAGCAGCAGCAGCAACAACAUCCAGCUGCCCAAACUACCUGGCACAUCCCUCAGAUCUCCUCGCCCCCUCCGCUCGCCAGGCACGCUCUCUGUGUCCAGCCCGAGUCGGCCCCCCCUGAACUCGGGUCGAAUCCUUCAAACCUGGUGGACAGCAACCCGAACUUGACUUCCAACAAUCCUAACGUGGCAUCCUGUGUUCCUGGUGAUUACGGGAGGCCGCCGGUCACUCCCGUCGAGUCGGAGAAAAGGAACUCCAAGAGGAAAAAUGAUGGCUCAGUUAUAGAGACACAAGAAGGCAGUUACAAGGGAGAGGUGAACAGCAAACCAAGGAAGGAAAGAACAGCCUUCACCAAAGAACAGAUUAGGGAAUUGGAAGCUGAGUUUGCUCAUCACAAUUAUCUGACCAGACUGCGAAGAUAUGAGAUAGCAGUAAAUCUGGAUCUCACCGAGAGACAGGUGAAGGUGUGGUUUCAGAACCGGAGGAUGAAAUGGAAGCGGGUUAAAGGAGGUCAACAGGGAGCUGUUGCAAGGGAAAAAGAACUGGUUAAUGUGAAGAAAGGGACUUUACUGCCUUCCGAGCUCUCUGGGAUUGCCACAUCCGGUGGUCAUCAUGCUGGGGACAUUCUAUCGAAUGAUGAAAGCCAGGACAGUGAUCACAGCACCGAGCUUGGCCACUUGUGAUGUAUGGAGAAAGAGAGCAAGACUCAACAGAUACUCAGGAAAGUAAUGGCACAAGGAGGUGGCGAACCAUAUUGUCCUACAGCUUCCAUGCGCUGACUCCUUGUGGACAUGGUGCAAACAUCAGAGCCUCUGAGCAUUCCAUAUUUCCAUUUGGACAAUGGCAUGGUUUGUGAAUUUGUGCUUUGCCUUCCACUGUAAAUAAAAAAUGGAAGCAACAUUUAAAAGGCAAAAAUAAUUUUACAGAAUCCCAAGGAAGAACAGUGGGAAAGCAUUCGACUGUGUAAUCAGUGAAGCAAAAAUAAUAAACAUGUUUAUAAAGAAUGAGUACACAACCUUGCCAGAGAAGAAAUCCUCACCCAAUAAUGGGAAAUGUAGCAUUUCAAUGUAAUUGAAAAAUUUAAAUAGUGCUCUGAAAGAGACAGCUAUACGAUGCAGAUGCCUUCACCAGUAUUCUUAAUUAUAGGUGCAAUACUUAUUCAACUGCAAUAGAAAAGUAUCUAUUUAGGCAGCAGCCACACACAAGGUAUUGGUAUAUAUAUGUAUAUAUAGGAUUGUCUUGAUACAUACCAUAAGUGUUGAUAAAAUUUAACAAAUAAACAAUUGGCUCAAUGAAACUUUGAAACACCUUUAGCUUGGUGCUUCAGCUGAUAAUACCAAAGUCAAAUAAUAAUAGUUUACGUAGAACACAGAACAGUGCAGCCCAACAACAGGCCCAUUGGUCCACAAUGUUAGUGCCAAGCAUGAUGCCAAGCCCAUCUACCUGUGCUUAAACCAUAUCCCUCCAUUCCCAGCAUGUCCAUGUGGUUAUCCAAAAGACUCUUGAACGCCAUUAUUGUAUCUGCCUCAACCACCAACCCUGGUAGCAUGUUAUAGGCACUCAUCACAUUCAGUGUAAAAAAGUUGCCCCACACAACUACAUUCAACUUUGCCCCCCUUAAAGUUAUGCCCUCUUGUAUUUGAUUUUUCCAUCUUGGGAGAGAGGUUUAGACUUCCUACAUAUUUGUGUCAUUCAUAAUUUUCCGUACUUCUCUCAGGUCUUCCUUCAACCUCCGGCAUUCCAGAGAAAACAAUCCAAGUCUGUCCAACCUCUCUCUAUAGCUAAUACCUCCCAUAUCCAGGGAUUAUUCUGGUAAACCUCCUCUGUACCCUUUUCAAUGCCUCCACAUACUUUAUACAAUGGGGUGAUCAGAACUGCAUGAAAUAUUCCCAAUGCGGCCUAACCAAAGUCGUAUAACGCAGUGUCAUGACAUCCUGACUCUUGUGGUCUUAGUUUAGUUUGUUAUCCUGUUAUCACCUCAUACAUAUCAGAGAUACGAGUCAACAGUCAACUAUCGGAAAUCUAAUUUCUACUUUGGCUACUUUUGUUUCCUGUGCUGAACUGUUCUCUGUUCUAUGUCUGCCAGAUAUAGAGCUGUUCAAAUUGCACUCUAGAAUGUUUUGGCCCUGAAGUAAUUGUUUGGCUAUGUUGUUCAGAAUAACGUGACACAACAAAGGAUUUACAUUAAAUGUUACACGAUUUAUUGAAGUGUAAUAACUUGCUAAAUAAUGUGCACAUCUAACCAAAUCACAUUUCAUCCAUUGCCUUGUUUAUGGUAUGUAUAGAAUGAAGAGCAAUCAGGAGUGAAGUACACAUUUAUGGCUCAAUUAAAAAAUGGAAGAUUUAUCACGAGAUGGAAUGAUAAUAACUUGGUGUUAGAAUGAAGUGAAUGACAAAUGGAGUGUGGUCUCAUAUGUAAUGCCUAAUGACAGGAUGAACCAAAUGGCUGAAUAUUCUUUUCUCGUUCCUGCUUUAUUAUGUAUAAUCAAUAAAAUUAACAGCAGAAAGGUUUAUAAAUGCUGUCUGAUUUCAGAGAUUAGAUAAUUCACACUUGUUUUAUUUUAUUUUGUACAUAUAGUACUUCAUUAAAAUUAAAAUUGAUAUAUUGAAUGUGUUCACAAUAUGAAAUGCAUCCCAAAAU